CCCUCCCUUUAGCACUCCGCGUCCCCAAAUGUUUCCCUAUUAAUCUCCCCUUCCCCUUUCUCCCAAACCCCUCGCGCCCAGUUCCUAGGGUUUCUCGACCUCCCUCCGCCGCCGCCGAGGAAGCGCCGCCACGAUGUUGGAGCUGCGGCUGGUGCAGGGGAGCCUCCUCAAGAAGGUCCUGGAGGCGAUCCGCGACCUGGUCACCGAAGCCAACUUCGACUGCUCCGGGACGGGGUUCUCGCUGCAGGCCAUGGACUCCAGCCACGUCGCGCUCGUCGCGCUGCUCCUCCGCGCCGAGGGCUUCGAGCACUACCGCUGCGACCGCAACCUCUCCAUGGGCAUGAACCUCAGCAACAUGGCCAAGAUGCUCCGCUGCGCCGGCAACGACGACAUCAUCACCAUCAAGGCCGACGACGGAUCCGACACCGUCACCUUCAUGUUCGAGUCGCCCAAACAAGAUAAGAUUGCGGAUUUCGAGAUGAAGCUGAUGGACAUCGACAGCGAGCACCUCGGCAUCCCGGAUUCCGAGUACCAGGCUAUCGUUCGCAUGCCGUCGUCUGAGUUUAUGAGGAUCUGCAAGGAUCUCAGCAGCAUCGGGGACACCGUUGUCAUCUCGGUGACUAAGGAGGGCGUCAAGUUCUCGACCUCUGGAGACAUUGGAUCUGCAAACAUUGUCUGCAGGCAGAACCAAACUGUGGAUAAGCCAGAAGAAGCUACCAUUAUAGAGAUGCAAGAGCCAGUUUCUCUGACCUUUGCCCUGAGGUACAUGAACUCCUUCACCAAGGCAUCCUCCCUGGCCGAUCAAGUGACAAUCAGCCUUUCAUCUGAGCUACCAGUGGUGGUUGAGUACAAGAUUGCGGAGAUGGGCUACAUUCGAUUUUAUCUUGCGCCAAAGAUCGAAGAAGAUGAGGACAUGAAGUCCUGAAGACUUGUAUGGAUAUUGUCAUGUUUCCUACUUUUCCUGGUCUUUCAACCAUCGUUUGCUGAGCUUGAUGGUGUUUGUAAGCAAAAAUGGUGUUAUGCUUUUCUCUCAGGCCAGACUGCUUUAGCUACUUGUAUCAGUCACUGCUCUGUGAAUCCAUGGAUUUACAGUGAAUUUAGAUUAGUGGAAUUGUCUUUGUGCA